AUGUUUGAAGACAGAUUUUCGGGUUUCGGAGGUUUCCACGGCGAUUUCAACAUACAGCGAGCUCCUUCCGAUCGUCGUCUCCCCGAUGGGUUUCUAAACAGUCUCGACGCAAACCCGUUUCUGAAGAAUCAGAAGCUGAACACGAAGAGCGAUAUGGUGGGGAACGGUCUCGAUCUCUGCAAAAAGCUCAGCAAAAUGGGUAUCGCCUGCGACAUGAGUAUCUGGAGCAGACCCGAACCGAUCCGGAUCGACCCAGGAGAUUUCGGGUCUCGAAGAACAACAACAGUACUCCAUGGGUUUUCUUCUGGGUUCGAGCAGAAUCUGGGUGGAGGAGCUCCUCGGAUUCAAAAUGGGUUUCGCGGCGUUUCCUCUGGUUUUCUUCAAAACACCUCUCAUGGCCAUGGAGUUUCUCCGGCGGAGCUCCGAUUACUUAGCGUUAACCAAAACGGAUUCGAAGAGAUGAUGGCUUUUGAGAAUCACAGAGAGUUUCUCUUUGAUCAUAUGGAUCGACCCAUAAAGCGCUCUUCUCCUUCUCUCAGAGCCGUCUCUUUCAGGGACGAUGCGUUUAUGGGUCCAUUCAUGUUUGAAGGAGACAGAGUUUCUCAUUCUCGUACCCUAUCCGCCAUGGAAGCUUCUAGAGAGCUUCGACCUUCUUCUCAUCCUGAGUUUAGUCUUCGAGCCAGAGGUGGGAACGAAGCGUUGAUGUUUGAGGAGAAAAGGGUUUCUCGAUCUCUAGCCGCCAUGGACGUCUCUCUUGGGAACGAAGCGUUGAUGUUUGAGGGGAAAAGGGUUUCUCGAUCUCUCGCCGCCAUGGACGUCUCUCUUGAGAACGAAGCGUUGAUGUUUGAGGGGAAAAGGGUUUCUAGAUCUCUAGCCGCCAUGGAAGCUUCUGGAGGUUCUCGUAUGAGUCUAAAGGAAUGUGAUAGUUUGCCAAAGAGUCUAGCUUCCAUGGUCGACAUCUAUGGAUCUGUGAAGCGGAUGGCGAAAGAUCAAAUCGGUUGCAGAGUUUUGCAGAAACUGCUCGAUGAAGGAACGUUUCUUGACUACAAGGUUUUAUUCCAUGAGAUCUUCAACCAUGUUGUUGAGCUUUCUAUGGAUCCGUUUGGCAAUUACUUUGUGCAGAAGCUGUUUGAUGGUUGUGAUGAAGAAGAGAGAACGGUGCUUGUGAACGUGUUAACAUCAAAACCAAGGGAGCUCAUCAAAAUGUCUCUCAACAAUUAUGGGACACGAGUCGUCCAGAAGAUGAUAGAGACGGUGAAAACAAAACAUCAGAUCGAGAUGGUCAAGUCAGGUCUCAAACCUGGAUUUCUUGCUCUUGUCAACGAUUUGAAUGGGAAUCAUGUGAUUCAGACUUGCUUGACUUCUCUUGGUCAAUACGACAACAAGUUUGUGCUAGACGCAGCUACAAGGCACUGUGCUGAGAUUGCAACACAUCGCCACGGCUGCUGUGUGCUUCAAUGCUGCAUCUCAAACUCUGUUGGAUAUCAACGUGAGAGACUCGUUGAUGAGAUAGCAAGAAACUCACUUCGCCUUUCUCAGGAUCCUUACGGGAACUAUGUGGUGCAGUACCUGAUAGAGAGCAACGUAUCCGCAGGGAAGUUACUGAUGAAGUUUAGGAUGCAUUACGCGGAGCUAGCGACUCAGAAGUUCAGUAGCCAUGUGGUUGAGAAGUGUCUGAGGAAGUAUCCAGAGAGUCGAGCUGAGAUUGUCCGUGAGCUUCUCUGUGUUCAAAACUUUGAACAUCUCUUGCAGGAUCCUUUUGGCAACUACGUUAUCCAGACAGCUCUCUCUGUAGUCAAGGGUCCUAUACGUUCGAGGCUGGUGGAGAAAGUGUAUAGGUUUGGGAAGCUGAAGUCGAGUCCUUAUUGCAGGAAGAUAUUCACAAAGAACUUCGUGAAGAAGUGA